AUGAGGACGAGGCCCACCCUGGACCGCGUGCGCCAGCUGUGCGACCAGGGCCACUGGGCACAGGCCCUAGACGCCGCCCUGGCCCUCGUCGACCCGCCCUGCCCACAGCCCCUCGUCGCCCUCGUCGCCCUCAACCUCGUCGCCCUGUCGCCUCCCCGCUCCCUCUCGGCCGCCAACCUCGACAAGGUCCUCCCGCUCCUCCCGCUCGACCACUACCACGACUCGCUCCGCGUCACCCUCGCCGUCGCAACCGACCCGGCCUCGCCCAAGGCCGCACACCGCGCACUCGACCACGCACUCCGCACCGCCGACCGCUGGAUCACGGCCCUCGUGCCCUUGUCCGACGCCCUCGCCGAGCACGACCUUGCCCGAGUCGACCACCUCGUCACACGCGGCACCGGCGAGGGCGGCAGCAGCGACGACGUGCGCAACGCCGUCCUCGCGCGGAGGGCCGUCCUCGACCUCCAGGACCGCGUCUCGUCCUGGGAGGCCCUGUACGGCGACGCCGCCGCCCCUGCGACCGAGCCGCCAACGCCAAAGGUCGGCCAGGGCCCGGUCUCGGCGGCGACGGGCGCGGCGGGCGAGGGCCAGGACGACGAUGGGGACGAAGACGGCGAGGGGUGGGGCCAGCUCGACCUGCCGACCGACGACGACGCCGUGCCGCCUCCACCUGCAGGUGCUCUUCCCGUCGACGCGCCCUCGCCACCGCCCGACGACGCCGCACCCGCACCUCCCGACCUCGACCUCCCCUCGCGCCCCUCGCUGCGCACCUUCCUCCGCCAGCCCCUCGUCACGACCGCGCUCGCCCUCGCCGCGUCGUCGUCCCUCCCCGAGCUCACGCUCCUGUGCACCCUGCACCCGGCCGCCCUGUGGCCCCACCGCGAGCGCAUCGUCGACGCCGUCCCCAAGUGGGUCGACCCGAGCGCGUGGGUCGACCUCCUGCCCGCUGUCGGCGCAGACGGGCUCGAGGCAGAGUGGGAGGACCAGGCGCCGUGGAGGGCCGAGCCCGACUGGAGCGAGGCACUGCCCUCGCUCCUCCCGUCCUCCCCGUCUCAACCCUCCUCCCCAUCCUCGUCGUCGACUUCGCCCUCGCCCCCCUCGGCGCUCCCGGCGCGCCGCACCGCGACCGCUCUCCAGGAGUGGUACUCGCGUCGCAUCUCGCGCUGCGCCUCGUCAGCCAUCGGCCUCGUCGACGUCGCCCUCGCGCUCGUGCAGCACGGCGCCGCGCGCGGCGUGCCCGGCCUCGACGAGCUCGGCGAGGACCUGAGCCUCCUCGCCAAGCUCGUGUACGAGCGGCCCCGAGCGGGCGACGGCGUGGCGGACGGCGAGGUGUGGUCGCUCGAGCGGUGGCGCGCCCUGAGCCCGCUCGAGGUGCUCGAGGCGUACACGGCGACGAGCGACGCGGCCGCCCUGCCCGACACGCUCCGGCGCCUCGUCCUCCCGUACCUCUCGGUCCUCGACCGCAUCGUCCAGGACGACGCCGACCUCGCGCGCGUCGUCCUCGCGGCGCUGUACGGCGCCGGCGGCCGAGCUGCGAGCGUCGAGGGCGCCCAGGCGUGCGGCACCAUGUUCGAGUGCCUGCCCGCGUUCGCCGACGCGCAGGGCGAUGCCGACGGCGGCGCCGACCUGUUCGCGCUUGCCGCUCCUCCCUCGUCGUCGUCGUCGUCGGCGAGCAGCGCGCACUCGCCGCCGCCGGCCGCGCCCUCGCCCUCGGCGCUCCUGUCAGCCCUGCGCGCGUCGGGCCCACGCGCGCUCGCGGCGCACCUCGACGCGCUCGACCUGCACCUGUCGCAGCUCGAGCUCCUCGUGCGCUACUCGGCCGCGCCGCCCUCGGGCCUCGCGUGGUUCCUCGCCGCGUACGCGAGCCGCGACCGACAGGCCCAGUGGGCUACCCGGCUCGCGCGCACGGCGGCGCAGGGCGGGUCGGGCUCCGGGACGGGCUCGAGCGCGGCGGCAGCCGUGGGAGGUGCGCGAGCAGCGGCGGCCGAGGGAGGGUUCGAGGGCGAGGACGAGUGGGUCGCGCUGCUCGAGUUUAUGCGCGAGGCGACGGGCGUCGCGGGCGAAGAGGACGAGGGCGAGGACGAGAGGAGGAAGAGGGGGCUCGGGAGGAUGUUCUGCCUCCUCGGCGACGGCGAGGUCCUCAGGAUCUUCUUCGGCGGCCUGCUCGGUGCUGGACGUUUCUCGCUCGCGCGCGCCCUGUUCGAGCCGUCGUCGAUCAAGGCCCCGCUCGAGCCGCACGUCGUCGAGGAGCUCGUCAUUGCCGCGUCGCGCGAGUUCUACGACAACGCCGAGGCGGGCAACUUGCACGAGGGCGAGAUGAAGCUCGCGCUCGACUGCCUGUCGGCCGCCCCGCAACAGACGCCCGCCCUGCGUCGCGAGCGCGACUUUAUCGAGGCGACCUCGCGCCUGUGCUCGUUCCGCCUCGACUCGCGCCCGGGCAUCCCGCUCACGCCGAUCGAGCUCCGCCACGCGCCCGACCGCCUCACGUACGUCGCGCGCCUCCUGUCGUCCAACGACAGCGCGCACAAGCACCCCGACAUGGUGCUCGCGCUCGUGCACGGCCUCGGGUACCCGCACGGCGGCGCACAGGAGGUGCGCGCGCUCGCCAUGCUCGCCGACGCGGCCAUCGGCGCAGGGUCGUACCCGCUCGCGGCCGAGCAGUGCGCCCGGGCCGUGCGCGCCGUCGAGGCGCUGCGCCGCACCGCGUCUCGCCUCGCCGCCGGGCCCGACGGCGACGGCGACAAGGCCAAGCAGGCCCAGGGCGACGCCGACACGGCGGCCGACCAUGCGUGGCGCGCCUGCUUCGCCCUGGGCAAGAGCGCCUGGAGCGACGCGCCGGCGCGACUCGAGGCGCUCGGGCAGGCGCUCACGCUGUGCCCGCCCGAGCGCAUCCAGGACCUGCUCCCGACGUGGACCGUCCUCGAGCGCGAGGUGGCGCAGGACGCGCUGCGGAGCCAGAAGGACGGCACGGCGGCGGGCUUGGGCGCGAGCGUGUCGAGCAGGAGCGGCGCGGCGGGCAGCGAGGCGAGCGCGCAGCUGCACGGCGCCGCGGCAGUCGCUGGCAUGUCGGGCGACGCAGCUCGUGCGGCGGCGUCGGCGGCAGCAGCCGGCGCGCACAAGGUCAGCGCCUUCCUCGCCGCCGCCGCGGCCAAGACGGCCGACCGCGUGCCCUCGCCCGCCCGACCCGAGACGCCGACGAGCCCGACGCGCAUCUCGGCCCACGCAGGCGCGCAGGGCGUGCAGCACCUCGCGAGCGAGACGGCCGCGGCGGCGAGCUACACGCUGCGGCGCGCGGCCGCGUUCCUCCAGGGCCCGCAGCUGCAGCCGGUGCGGCCGUCGAGCGCCCAGUCGGACGCGUCGUCCGACGGGUGGCACCGCGACUGGGACGACGACCGCGCGGCGACGGCGAGCCCGGCGUCGCCUCGUCGAGCGACUGCUGCACGGUCCCCCUCGCCGCCGCCGCCGUCGCGGUUCGCGGCCGCCUUUGCUGGGCUCGCCGACGGGCCAUCGUCGCCUCGACGCGCUGCAGCGCCUCCCGCACCUCGCUCGCCGGCGCAAGCUCCCGCACGCAGCACGGGCGGCGGCGGCGGCGGCGGCGGGUUCGGGUUCGGGCUCGGCGACCGACUCACGGCGGGCGUCGGUUGGCUCAUCGGCGCGGACGAGAUGCUCGAGCGCGAGAAGGAGGAGGCAGAGUACAGGAGGCAGCGCGCCGAGUCGCAGGCGCAGUCGCAGCCGGCGAGGAGCGAGAAGGAGGAGAAGAAGGGCGGCGAGGACGAUGGCGAGGACGACGACUGGGCGAGUUGGUAG